AUGGCUCCACCUCGGGGGGUUAUCUGUCCUGUGACCCGCUCAUCGGGUCGAUGGGGGAUCGAAGCUAUAAAAGCAGGAUCGUGGAGAAGCAGCCUCCACUCCUGCUCCAGUAUGUGGGGUCUGCUGCUCUGCUGCCUGGUGGCUCUGGCCAAGCCUCGCCUGAAUCCCAAGAAAACCUACGAGUACAAAUACGACGGCGAGGUGAACUUCGGACUCGGGAUGCCGAACUCGGCCGAGUCUGGCGUGAAAAUGUCCUGCAUAGUCAAGAUCAGCGGCGCGUCUGCACAGUCCUUCGCCCUGCAGGUUUCAGACUUGGCCAUCCACGAGUUCAACGGUUUCCCGGGUAAAGACAGCUUCACCCCGUCUCCGAAGCUCACCCAGAGAUUUGCCGCCCAUCUCACCAAACCCUUCGUGUUCGACUACGUCGGCGGACACAUUCGAGACAUCCGGGCCGGCGCCGAGGUUCCUGAAACCGUGGUCAACAUCGUGAGAGGAAUCCUGGACUUCUUCCAGUUCACCGUGAAAACCACACAGAAGGUCUACGAGCUGGAGGAGUUUGGGAUCCACGGCAAGUGUCAGAGUAACUACGCCACUGAAGAAAACAACCAGACGAAGGAGCUGACCAUCACCCGGGUGGUGGAUGUGACCAACUGUUUGGGGAAGGCGGCGCUCUACCGGGGGAUGGCCACCGCCGUGCUGGACAAGCUCUCCAAGCAGAGAGGAGAAUCCAUCGUUUCCACGGUGAGGUACGUUUACAAGGUGAAACCCACGGCCGACGGGGGUCUCAUCACCGGGGUUCAUGGCCUGGAGCAGCAGCACUUCAGCCCCUUCAACGUGAAGGGCGGCAGCUUCAAGAUGCACGCCGAGAAGAAGCUGGAUCUGGUCAGCGAGAGCGACGUGGCCGCCAUCGUCGUCCCCGCCGGAGGCCUGACACAGAGCAGAGGAGGCCCGGUCUACAAGUUUGUGGAUGCAGAGGCUAAUGUUCCCCUCGUUAUGCAGAACCUGGAAGACGUGGUUCCAAAGGCCAUCGAACUGAUCAAGCAUUUGGCCGAUGCUAACAGUUACCACAUCGACAGUGCGACCACUCAGGACACCAUAAAGCUGUUCCAGCUGCUGAGGAUGACGCCUUAUGAAGGAUUAGAGGAGAUGUGGAAGCAGUUUGCAGGAAACGCAGAGUACAGACGUUGGUUUUUGGACACGAUCGUUGAGAUCAGCGACGCCCGAAUCCUAAAAUUCCUGGAAAGCAGGUUUCAGGCUGGAGAUAUUUCUGCAAACGAGGCUCUGCAAACCUUUGUGGUGGCUUUCAAUCAUCUGAAGGCAGCUCCUGAACUGGUGGAGAUGGCCAAAGCGUUCCUCAGCCUGCCGUUCAGUAAAUCCAACGUCCAUCUGUGGCACACUGUGGUUCUUUCCUACGGCUCUCUGGUGUACAAGCACUGUGCUUAUAACACACCUUGUUCGGUGGGCGUUGUUCAGCCCCUGCUGGACAUGGCCCUGGAAGCCCUGAGGACCAGACACUACGACGACAUGGUUCUGGCUCUGAAAGCUCUGGGGAACGCCGGCCAUCCGGGCAGCAUUAAGACCAUCAUGCGUUUCCUGCCUGGAGUCUCCGCGAGCCCCGUAGAUCUGCCGCCUGGAGUGCUGAGCGCCGCCGUUCAGUCGAUGAGGCUCCUCGCUGCCAGAGACCCUCACAGUGUAGAACAAGAAAGAACACCACAGAUCUAUUCUGCCUAUACUCGAGCCUCUGGACAAGAAUGGUUCUUUGCCAACGUCAACAAAGACUUCAUUCGACGUGCAGUCAAGGCUCUCAGCCUUUCUGCAGGGAAAGACACUCCUCUGUGGACGGCGAUGGAGAAUCUGCAGAAGGGAUAUUCAUGGCAUUGGACCAAAGCAUUCCUGAUCAUUGAGGCUCGGUACUUCCAGGCCACCACUCUGGGUCUGCCACUGGAGAUCAGCAAAUAUUACCAGUCCGUCACUGGAAUCACUGUUAACGCUAAAGCUGUAAUAAAUCCUCCACCAACCGAGCGUCUUGGACAGCUGUUGAAUUCUGAAGUUUCCCUGGACACAGACGGUUUUGUCGGUUUUACGAAGGACUUCUGGGCGUUCUACGGCAUCAACACCGAGCUGUUCCAGAGCGGCUCUGAGGUCGUGGGCAAAAUUCCUGUCGGCGCUCCGUUUAAGUUUUCCUCCAAAAUCAACGUUGCACAAAAGAAGUUUGAAUUCGACUUCCCAGUUUUAAAGAAAGAGAUUGAACUCUUCUCUGUCAGCUCCAACGCGUUCGCAGUUUCCAGAAACAUCGAAGAACCAACUCUGGCCAAAAUGACGCCAAUGAUCCCCGACAUCGCAGCCUCCAGCGAGCAGACAGCAAACACCUGGCAUCCAAAAGGCAAAUUCUGUGCAGAGAGUCAGAUCUAUGGCGUCGGAGUCUGUGUGGAGUCCGACAUGAGGAGGCAGUAUUACCACGAGGAGUAUCCUCUCUUCUACUUCCUGGGAUUCACUCACCUGGCGUUCAAACUGGUCCCAGUCCAGGCAGGCCGAGCCGUGGACAAGAUCCACUUUGAGGUGAACGCCGGCCCCAGCAAACAUCCGAUGAGCGCCCGCCAGCUGCUCGAGACUCUCAGGAGGCUUUCGCAGGAUGCGGCCCAGAGAGAAGUUUCCACAGACUCAGCCGCCAGAGGAGCUCGUCAGAGCCAACGGGACUCUGCAGCAGACGGUUUAGACUCGACGCCUGAAGCCGUGUUCAACUUCAAAGCCUUCGCCAUGAGCGGCGACCGGAAGCCCGAAGGUUACGACGCCGUGAUGUACAACACGUCUGAAGGAAGCCAUCACAACGCUCAGCUGAUCGUGUCCCAAGUGGGAGACAACAUCAACUGGAAGAUGUGCGUCAACACCAUGAUGAACAGCAGCGCCGAGGCCAAGGCUCACAUCGGAUGGGGAGCUGAAUGUCAGUCCUAUGAAAUGUUGCUGGCUGCUGCGUAUCCGUCCGCUUCCAAACCGACGUUCGAAGCCAAAGUUGACUGGACCAGGAUCCCAGAAAACAUGGAGGAGUUGGGCACCAGGCUUGAGCGCUACGUCCCCGGCAUGGCCUUCCUGUUCGGCUUCUACCAGGAAAACGAGUCCAACGCCCAGCGGGAGGUUUCGGCGUCGUUUGCCGCCUCCUCGGCAGACAGCGUCGACGUGAAGAUCAGAUUCCCAAAGUAUACGCUGUACCGGCAGGCCGUUCCACUUCGUUCAAGCCGACAGGAGCUUCAACGCCACAUCAGUAACACCACAAUAAGCCGAUUUGAACACAAAGACGGCGAUGCCUCUUUUCACGGCGAUAAGAAACCACCAUCCCGACGGAGGAGAGGAUCACAAAGGAUGAUUUGCUAAUCCGUCGCAUGUCGCCAGCUUGGAAAUAACCUGUAACGGUUCUGAUUUGUUCAUUUGAAGCGUGUUAAUACUGGAACACUACUGUUAUUAUCCUCGUUGUACUGGACCAACCAAACACAGCUCUGGUGCUAUUUUGUGCCUCCAAAAUCUGUGCAUCCCUUGAAUAAAAUGCAAAGCAAAAAAAAA